AUGGGCCGACCAGUUACGAUCAAUCUCGAUGGCGAUGAAGACCUGAAUUCACCGACCGAUGCUGUCUUGAUUAGACGUGGCCAGAAUGGUCCAAAUGCUGUGUCACAGACUGAAAGUCCUGUCGAUCUGACGACGUCCGGCGAGCAUUCGCCUUCGAGCAGUCACCGCCGUGCCACAUCUGCCCCUGACCUCUCCCCGCAUGGAGAUACAUCUCAGUCCUCGGCCUUGGUGCCAGUGUCCUCGGGACAAGCUUCGGCCUUGACCACAGUGUCUGCACCAGGUGGCGCAUACCACUCCAGGCUCUAUCUGGAUCCCAUUCUUGUCGACGCUUCGGUCCCUCGUCUGUACCCAACGGUCGAUGAGUUGAUGAAGGAGAUCGAUUUCACGUUGCCAAGGGUCUGCAAAUUCAUGGAUGUCUGCACCCUGACCGCUCCGGGCGAGGAGGCCAAUUGGCGCAAGGCCAUGUCCCACAUCUUUGGGCGCAACAAAAACUGCACUCGAAGCAUCCCCGACCAAGUCUGGAUCUGCCUUUGCCGCAAGCAUUACCAGCGCGCUCGCUACCGCAACCAUAUCGAGUACAACAAGCGUCUCUGCAACCUGGUUGAGACACAGAUUUUGCGUCUCGAGGCCUGGAGCAACGAGAAUCGGCGGUCGGGACACCCGGAAAACGGCAUCGUCGUUGACUGGAGAAUUGAGGUCCGGAAGCGCGAAAGGAAUCGCGAGAACCAGUCGUCCAAGAAGCGCCCGCGCGAGGACGAUGACAAUGCUGAGGGGAAUGACGGCCCUGAGGAGGACGAUAUGCCGGUUAUCAAUGUCAACACUAAUACUCAGCCUGUCCCGGAGUGGCUUCGCGCAAAGUGCCGCCCCGGCUAUACAACACACGAAGUCCAGCAAAUUGUGGCCCAGAUCGGCCGCGAGAUGCAGGGUAAGAACCCGCGUCUCACGCAGGUCCCGGACAUUGAGAUUCUGCCCAACAUCACGGGCGAGAAUGCAAAACCCCAGGGCAAGUCAAAGGCAAAGAAAGCCACGGCCAGUCACCGCCGCGCUCAAUCCCUGGGCACCGCCAUGGUGGGCCCGAGCCGCGAGGGUUUGGCACAGCCGACAACUUUGCCUCCCGAUAACCAAUACACCCGGGGCGGCGAUGGCAGAAGCCUCAACAAGCGCGCCCGUCUUGGAGAGGGAGAAGACCCUUAUGCUGGCCAUGGUCCUGGCGUUGCUUUCCCGCCUCGUGUGACUGAUUACACCGUCCCCAAUGUCCGCCCGCUUCGUGAUGUCAACGGCCAGUUUCGAGACGAGCGCACCUCUUCGUCCAUGCCGUACAACUACGGACCGCAAACUGGGCCCCUGCCUGCCCCUCGUCCGAGCUACAGCUACGAUCCCCCGGGCCGCACCUUUGAUGACUACCAUGGUCGCGCCACUCACCAGCGUGCAUUCUCCGACGUCGGUGGAUUUAACUGGUCUGCCAUAUACCCGGAGUCUUCGGCGCCAACUGGAUACAACGGCAUGCCCAACGGACCCGGUGGUUUCACUCCUUAUCCGGCCCCGGCUACCAACAGCUACAAUGGCCCGUCCUACAAUGGCAACCGUGACUACAUGGCUCGUCCCGGCGGCGCCUACCCUGCUGCUGCUGCUCCUGGACCCUCUCAGAACGGCUUUGGCAAUUACUACGACUCGUUCGCUCCCCGGCAGCCCCAGCAGCAACCCGCUGCGUACGGCCAGCAGCAGCAGCAGCUGUAUUACGGCGGUAUGCCUCCGAGUAGCGCUGCUAAGCACAUGCGCCACCAGAGCACGCCGGUCGGCCCGCCGCGGCCCAUGCACGUGAUGGGAUCGGGCGCAGACAUGUUUGGAGGAGCAGGAGCCGGCGGCUACGGCCAGAAUGCCAUGUACGGUGGUGGCCAGCCUAGCCGCCAGCCGUACGGCGACAACAACAACGCCAUGCCCCGCUUCCCCCACGAGAGCGAGAGCGGCCCUGCCCCCGGCGACAUGACCGGUGAGGGCUACCAGGCCUACUCUGCUCGUCGUUAG